AUGACAUCCACUAAAUCAUCACCACUAUCGAUAUUGUACCAAAAAUUUCCCUUCGACCAAUGUCUUGACGAUCAUUUGUUUGAUACAACAAAUUUGAUAAAGCAUGGCCUCAACUUAACAAUUCAAAUGGGCACAUUGACAUUAAAUGAUAUACCGUCUAGUGAAGAAAACAUACAAACAGUGGACAAGUUACCCCAAGUGCUAUCUGAUAACCAAACUCAAAUGUCUGAAACCAAUGAUGAAGAAAUUGAUUAUCACAUACCUCCAAGCCCCAUAUUAAUCCCUAUAGAGCCACCAAAAUCAUCUAUAAAGAGAAGAAAUAGUAGCAAUAGCAGUAUUGGCAGCUUUACCACCACCACCAGUAGUUCACCCAUAACGGAAAAUUCCACAACACGUUCUUCAUCAUCAUCUGACAUGUCUUUACUAAUAUGCAGGAAAAAACUUCAAAAUAUGAUUGAAGAGUUUUUCAUAACUAUUUGCAAUCAAAAUGAAAAAUUAUACCAAGAAAUCAGUAAUUACGUUAUCAACUCAAUUGUACAGAAUGAAUCCAAUUUAGAAAGUUUUUUAAGCAAAAUUGUUAACCAUAAAUAUAAGCGGGAAUUAGUUGAGAUCAUUCAAACAUUAUUUAUGGAGAAAUAUGAAGAAAUCAAAUUGGAAGAGUUGAUUGAUUUUCUUAAUAAUUUGAUCAACCUACGAUUAGAUGCAAUCAAAGAUUUAUAUAAUCCCUCAGUCUACAAAAUGUACUAUAAAAUUUGGAAGCUAAAUAUAAAUAAUUAUCGAUAUUACGAUGAAGAAUAUUUUUUUGAUUAUUUCAAUAAUUCAUUUAGCAAUCUGGAAAAUGUUCUAUUACAGAAUGGAUUUCUACUAAAUUACAAGAAAUUCACUCACUAUUUCAGCAAAGACUUAACAAAUUAUGAUGAUGACGAAGAAGAAGACGAAGAACAAGACAAUGAUGAAGAAGAAUUGGACGCUAAUGAUAAAAUCAAAGAUGAUAGUUUAUGCCACAACGAUACAGCACCUAGCUCCCCCAAUUAUGCUUAUAAGUGUGAAGAUACUGAUAAUCAACAAUUACUGUUAGAUCCAUUGGACCAAGACCACAUUCCAAAACUGUUACGAUUCAAUGAAGAUAUAGAUAUCAUCAAUAUCAAUCGGUACCUACCGGUGGAUCAUGUUUUAUACAACCAGUUUUUAAAUCAACUAGAAUAG